GCGCUGCGCGGCCUCAACUGCGCGCUGGUGCAGACGAGCUUCGUGCCCGACGAGUACUGGCAGGCGCUGGAGGUGGCGCACCGCGCCGCGUUCGGUUAUGGAUACCUGACGUGGGAAUGGGAGAACGGCCUAAGGGGCUUUUCGUACCCGCUGGUCUUUGCGAGCAUCUACAAAGCGCUACAGCUCCUUGCUAAGGAUGAUGUCCAGCUGCUGAUAUGGGUCCCUAGACUUGUCCAAGCACUUCUGGCAGCUUUUGCUGACGUGAAGCUUUAUUCAUUAGUGAGACACCUUGAAAAUGCAGAAACAGCACAGUGGGUGUUCUUCUGCCAGCUGUGCUCUUGGUUUACGUGGUAUUCCUGUACCAGGACUCUAACAAACACCAUGGAAACUCUUCUUACCAGUUUUGCUCUUUCCUACUAUCCAUUUAAAGGUUCCAAGAUGGGGAGCAGUUACAAAUACUUAACUUCAGUAGCACUUGCAGUUGUUAUUCGUCCCACUGCUCUUAUUCCAUGGAUACCUUUAGUCUUUAAUCAUUUUUGGCAAGAACAGAAGAAAGCAGACCUCAUCUUACACAAAUGCAUUCCUGUUGGAUUGGUCACAGUGGGAACCUCUUUAAUAAUUGACCGUGUGUUUUUUGGUAAGUGGGUCCUGGUUCAGCUGAACUUCUUGAAAUUCAAUGUGCUGCAGAAUUUGGGAACAUUUUAUGGUUCUCAUCCUUGGCACUGGUACUUCACUCAGGGACUACCUGUUGUCUUGGGUACCCACCUACCUUUCUUUAUUCAUGGCUGCGUGCAGGCACCAAAAAGAUACCGCAUCUUUCUAAUGGCAGUGAUCUGGACAGUGUUAGUAUACAGUACGCUGAGCCAUAAAGAAUUCAGGUUCAUCUAUCCAGUGCUGCCAUUUUGCAUGUUCUUUUGCGGAUAUUCUUUGAAACAAUUGAAAACCUGGAAGAAAUCCGCAGCAAUUUUCCUGCUUUUAACAAAUUUGCUCCCAGCCCUGUAUACAGGCUUGAUUCACCAGCGAGGCUCUCUUGAUGUUAUGAGUCAUGUCCAGCAGCUGUGUAAUAACUCUUACCCGUCACAAGCUUCUGUCUUCUUCAUGAUGCCAUGCCACUCUACUCCAUUUUACAGCCAUGUUCAUUGUCCUCUAAAAAUGAGAUUCCUUCAGUGUCCCCCAGACCUAACUGGAAAUGAGAGCUACGUUGAUGAAGCAGAUAGAUUUUACUCCAAUCCGCUUGCCUGGCUUAAUGAGGAAUUUUACAGUGAGACAUUAUUACCCAGCCACUUGAUCUUCUUCAGUGUGCUAGAACAGGAAAUAUCAUCAUUUCUAACUUUAAAGGGCUAUGAGAAAUCUGCCACUGUCUUUCAUACUCAUGUACCUCAAGGACGAAUUGGAAGCCACAUCUAUGUCUACAGAAGAAAAGCUGAAAUGAAUCAUGCCUGAAGAUCAGUUUCUAGACUUAAGACCUAAUGAAAGCAGUUUUACAUAUUUGUACUACGCUUAGAAGUUCUUAUACUACGAAAAAGAAAGUGUAAUGAGUUUGAAACUGGGUAAGUAAAAUGGUGA